GUUAAAAAUCAAAACAAAACAAUUGUCUGCUAACAUAACAGUAACAACUAACAGCUGUUCCGGAAAAUGGAGAGUCAAACAAAAAGAGAUUUUGGUUCCUUCCACUCUUCAAAUGUCCAAGAACUUCAAUCACUGUCUGAGGAAGAUUAUGUACCUCCGAAAAUUCCAUUUGUUUUGCCAACCUUUAGCAAUUAUAUUAGCGAUGAAGAAAAAAUUAAUUUUGGAAAAAAGUUCAAAAAGGAGUUUUUCUUACUUGAGGAAGCUUGCUGUUUUUUAAACCAUGGUGCAUUUGGUGGAGUUUUAAAACCAGCUUUGGAGACUGUUCAUAAAUGGCAGGAAUAUUCAGAGAAGCAACCUCUGCGUUUCUAUGACAGGGAACUGCUGCCAUUGUUGGUGCAUGUGUGUCGGAGACUGGCUGCAUUUGUUGGCUGUAAUGCCAGAGAUUUGGUGCUGAUCAACAACGCAACAUUUGGUACCAACUCCGUGCUCAACAGCUUCCCACUGUCUCCAAAUGAUGUCAUUUUAAGCUUUAACAUCACCUAUGGAGCUGUAAAAAAACAUAUCCAACAUAUUUGUAUGAAGACUGGGGCUGUCAACAGGGAGGCUGUUGUCCAGUUUCCUGUCUCAGGCAAUGACCAGAUACUCCAACUAUUGGACCAAGAGUUGUCCAGAGGAGAUGUAAAGCUAGUGGUGAUUGAUCACAUCCCCAGCAACACACCAAUCAUCAUGCCUGUUGCUGACAUGAUUCAAGCAUGCAGAAAGGUCAACGUGAAAGUUUUAGUUGAUGGGGCACAUGCUCUGGGUGCUCUCCCUCUAAAUAUCAGCAGCCUUGACCCUGACUUUUAUGUUUCCAAUGGCCACAAAUGGCUGUGUUGUCCUAAAGGUGUGGCCUUCUUGUAUGUGAGACGAGAACUGCAGGGUCAAGUUCGUCCUGCUGUGGUGUCUCAUGGUUUUGGCUCAGGGUUCAGCUCUGAGUUUGUCUGGGCAGGGCUACAUGACUACAGCUCUAUGUUGUCUUUACACACUGUACUAGACUUCUGGCAAACUUUUCAACCUUCACACAUUAGAGAGUACAUGUACAAGACAGCCCAAGAUGGAGCCCAAAUUUUGGUCAAAUCCUGGAAAUCUCAAUUAGCUGCCCCAUCCAGCAUGUUUGGUUCCAUGGUCCUGGUCCAGCUGCCCAGUUGUGUCCACUCCAUGUUUCCUGUCAUAGACUACAGCGCUGCAGAGAGGGUCCAGAACAUGCUGUAUCAUGACUUCAAUGUAGAGGUGCCCAUCAAAAGUGUCCAAGGAAGUUUGUACGUUAGAAUCUCCGCUCAUGUCUACAACGAAGCAAGUGAUUAUGAAAAACUGGCCAAGGCAAUGCUACUGUUAUCUCAAGAUAAAGGAAAUAAAUUUUUAUAGAAAAUGUAAAGUUGUUAUCCUCUU